AUGAGGGACUCCGUUCAAACUUAUCCUCUGGAGGUUUUGUCACACGUAGAAGCUCUGUCUUUGUUUGCCCAACAUGCGUUGGGUAAACAAAAUUUCGAUUCGCAUCCAACACUUAAAUUGUAUGGAGAAGGUAUCGUGAAAAAAUGUGGCGGAUUAACUCUGGCUUUGGUAACACUUGGAAGGGCGUUAAGAACAAAAUCAAUCCAUGAAGAAUGGGUUGAGUUGUUGAAUAAUGAGAUAUGGAACUUAUCGAAUGAUGGUAGUAAUAUUCUUCCUGCCUUAAGACUAAGUUAUUAUGAUUUUCCUCCGCAUUUGAAGCAAAUGUUUGCUUAUUCCCCAAGGAUUACUUGUUUGGCAAGGACGAACUCGUCCUGCUUUGGAUGGCAGAAGGCUUUUUGUACCAGUCAAAUGAGCAACACAAUGGAGAGUUUAGGUAGUAAGUAUUUUGAAGAGUUGGUGUCAAGAUCAUUUUUUCAACACUCCACUACUAAUAAAUCACAUUAUAGAAUGCACGAUCUAAUUAAUGACUUGGCAACAAGUGUUGCCGGAGAGUACUUUUUCAUGUUGGGUGAGAAAAUUGACGUUAGCUGCCGAUAUAACACUUUGGAAAAGCUCUGUCACUUUUCAUAUAUUUUUCAACAGUAUGGAGUAUACAGCAAGUUCAAGGCACUACACUUAGCCAGGCGGUUGCGAACAUUCUUACCAAUGUCGCUAAGAAUAGAUAGAUGGCAAAGUUUCUAUUUAUCAAGCAAGGUCCUUACAGAACUAUUUCCCCAACUACAGUUUUUAAGGGUGCUAAGCCUAGCUAAUUAUGGAAUCAGAGUGGUACCACACUCCAUUGGCAGUCUCAAACAUUUGCGGUACCUCAACUUUUCUAAUACUGACAUCACAUUUUUACUGGAACAAGUCAGUAAUUUGUACAAUCUACAGAGCUUAAUGCUUUCUGGUUGUCAACGGUUAUCUAGCUUGCCAGACAGUCUCGUAAACAUGAAAGAGUUACCCAGGGGGAUUGCUGGAUUAACUGGUCUACAAACUUUAUCCAAAGUUAUUGUUAGAGAUGCUAAUGGGUUCAAAAUAUCCCAUCUUAAGGACCUACACCAUCUUCAAGGUCGGCUUACCAUUGAAGGACUGCAUAAAGUGACAAAUUCAAUUGACGCAAAGGAAGCCAAGUUAGAUUAA